UAUGUGCGAUAAGUGAAAAUUUUAAUGUGUACAUUUAAAUUUAAAAUUGCAAUGAAAAAUAAGUUACAUCGAGGAUCAUAAACUUUCUAUUUUUCACUUUAACACCUCAUCCCACAAACUCUUCAAAGAAUAAACCAAACUACUUCCAUCCCCAAAAAUUACCCCCAAACGGGUAAUUUCUCUCCACCAAUGGCAACACCGGGCAAGUGAACGGCAGUUGUCCAUGGCCCGCCAUCGGAGUAUGUUGUGUGCCGCGUACACUGCCCCGCGCGGUCGAAGUUUGUGAUGUAACUAAUACAGUGUUCCAUACCACUUGAUAUCAAACUUGUGUUACCCAUUGUGCCCUAGGAAUUGUAAUGUAGGAUUUAAGUGCAUAUUCGUUCCAUUGUGAAAAGUGUUUACGUUUUGCCAACGAUUGUUUCAAGUUACAUGAAUGCUGUGAUAGUUUAAAACAGUGAUGCGUCGAACGGCUAAGUGUAAAAAAUUCAAGUUUAAGUGCAAUUCAAGCGAUGACCUAAAAUGGCGUUGAGACAUGACUCGAGUAUGGAGGCCAGCUUCCUGCCAGCUGAUCCGCCGCCGGUCCCCCAGGACUACCAGCCGAAGACGGAUUUGGCGUCGGAAUACUUCAACACGUUCAACCAGAUCUGCGAGACUUACCGGCCAGAUGGUGACGUCAUAAGAGCCUCGGAAUCCCUUCGGCUAACUUCGGAGAUCCUCGACGGUGUUCGCUCGGAGUACGUCAACAGUGACGAAAAGGAAAGACUUUCGGAAUAUGUGACCACGGAUUUUAGUGAGAAAGUGUUCGGCAAGGAAGAGGUGUUCAGUUUUGGGCAGCCCGACGCGUCGGCCCUGCUGAGGCAUAGGGCGCGAAGAAGAUACAACGAGGAGCAUGGUAUCCCGAAUACCACCAGCCAGGAGAGUGGGUAUGGCAGCGAUGAAUUCGGUCAUGACUCCCCGAGCCGCUACGCGUCGCCGAAGAGCGCCGGCGCACCGGCUCAGUACCAGGAGCCAUACUACACGGGCGAGUGGGGCGCGCAGUACUACCAGCCGGUGGGGGCGCCAGCGCCGGCCCCCGCGCCUGCGCCUGCGCCGCCCUAUCACCACGACGUGUACAUCGCGUCGCCAGGUAUAUCAGUAGCGUCGGGCGCGGGCGGGGAGGCGGGCGCCGCCGAGCUCCCCCUGCCACCGAUGUCCUCGUUCCGAGCAGCCGCCCCACACCACUCGCCCCCUGAACCAGCCAUACUGCUAACCAAGCCGCCUCUACAACCGAUGUACCCGAGCAGCGGCGGCGCGGGCGCAGCCCUAGCGGAAGGCAGCGUGUCCUCGUACGGCUCGUCGCCCGCCACGCCGGUGCACUCGCCGCCGCCGCACGCGCGCCUCUACCCGCUCAAACACAGCCCACACCAUCACAUGCACAAUGCACAGCAACAAGCCGGCUGGGUUGCGCCGGGCGUGUCGUCCCCACCAGUGUUACCAAACGGUCACCAUCACCACGUCGCCGUGUUCCCCAACACCACCAAUAUGGGCGCGGGGGCGGAGCAACGGACCUUGGACGAGGCCAUGGUGUUCCUCAGGGAUCACAGCGAUGUCGGGGGUGCCCGCAUGGAGGAGCGUCUGGACGAUGCCAUCAACGUGCUGCGCAACCACGCGGAGGCGCCAGACCUCUACCCACAGGACGUGCAUCCACAUCAGCCGCCGCCAGCGGUGUCUCGACUGGGUGUACCGGGUGUCCCGCACCUGCACGAGCCGCCGGUCAAGAUGGAGCGCCAUCUCUUGCCCAAUACCAAAAAGCGCAAAGAGCCAGUAGAGGGGUGCGCAGAAGGCAAGCCCUCGGCGUCGGGCGCCGAGCUCCCCAAGCCGCCCUCCAGCAAACGCAGCCGCCGAUACUCUGUGCGCAGCUGUAGUAGCGCGGACGAGGAUGAAGCCGACCCCGACACGAAGGCCGCGCGCGAGAGAGAGCGCCGGCAGGCCAACAAUGUUAGAGAGAGUUGCUCAUCGGCGGACGAGGGAGACGACGAGGCGGAUCCUCAGGCCAAGGCGCUUCGAGAGAAGGAGAGGCGGCAGGCCAACAAUGCGAGAGAAAGGAUAAGGAUAAGAGACAUAAACGAAGCUCUGAAGGAGCUCGGGCGCAUGUGUAUGACGCACCUGAAAAGCGACAAGCCGCAGACCAAGCUGGGCAUCCUCAACAUGGCUGUCGAGGUCAUCAUGACCCUCGAGCAGCAAGUCAGAGAACGCAAUCUAAACCCAAAAGCAGCGUGCCUGAAGCGACGCGAGGAGGAGAAGGCGGAAGAGGCGCCGAAACUGCUCGCCGCACCGCUACAACACUACCAACCCAUGCCGGGCAUGGGCCAACUGCCAGGGCAGCCCCCGAGCGGUCCCCCGCCACAAUAGCGACUCCCCGUCCGCCCCUACGCGCUGCCCUAGCCUACACACACUGUCUGGCCAUACACGUGACCCCCGGCCCUUAUAGGUGACCCCUGAGGGAACUCUGGGCUGUAUAAGUGACCUCUGGGCGAAACAAUUGCCCCUGAGGGGAUUAAACGGUUCACCAGGGAAUAUAGGUAAUCCUGAUUGGAUAAAGGUGAUCUCCGGGCAAUAUAAACGACACCUGAGGGAAAGAGGCGAUCUCUGAGGAAUACUGUGAGGAUAGAAUAACCUCCGGGUAAUAUAAGUGACCCUGAGUAGAAGGGUUUUUGAGGAAUACAGAUGAACUCCGGGCUAAUAAUGGUUUGGAACUACAAGAAAGGUAGAAACAGAUGUAUAAGAGAAUGAGCCAGGGAUUCCGGAGGGACCCCAGAGAUUAAAGUGAGAUUAAGACGAAGAUGACCGUAGAGGAAAAAAUGUGACCCCUCAGGUGGAGUGGUCAAGGAAAAACCAAGGUUUAAAAAAAGUUCGUUUUAAGCAAACAUGAAUUUAAGUGACUGUUGGCCUAUGAAUUGGGCCUUCUGGCUGGAGACAGAGAUAUAACUAUAUGUGUGUUUGUAUUUAUAUUCAUUUACACUGUAAAUAGAUUAUAUAUUUUUAUUUACAACUGACUUUAUACAUAAAAUAAGCCAUUAUUGAAGCCGUGUUUUAAUCAAGAUUUACUUGCAAGUUAUUGCUAAAAUAUUAGCAAGUUACUUGAGCAAUGAAAACAUAGUUCGAAGUGACAAUAUGAUUAAUAAAUGUUGCCAUAAAAUUAAAUUAUUAAUGACAUUUUCACUCUGAAAGUUUCGGGCAAGAGAGUUAAUGUCAAAAUAUAAUUUUAAUAUUGUUUUUUUUUAAACAUACAAACACAAAUGUAGUUAUAAUUAAAGAAAAUGUCUCUAAUUGUGGCCCAGUGAAUAUACAUUUGGUGUUUCAAGUCAUUUGAUUCAGUCUAUACUUUUAACUGUGUAUUAGGUAUUUUCGAGACGUCUGUAGUCUUGUGACUAAGCUGUUCCAUUUUACUUUCCUUUCUCUGGGAGGGUUAAAAAGACCACAUCGAAGCAAUCCAUCCAAAAAAGCAAUAUUGCUAUUUGAAAUUUCUUAAUAAUGCGCAAAUGUCAAGUUGCAAUAUUGCUUUUUAGAUGAAUUGGUUCAAUGUGUCUUUUUUAACUCCCCAGGUAUUUUAUCAACUAGCGAAUUUUCUUAUAUUUUAACUGAAGCUAGUGACUUGAAAUUCGAAUUGUGAAAAAAAUAAUUUUAUUUUUUAAGUUGUAUGGUCAAAAAUUGCCCCAAAGUGUUGAAAGCAGUGCGUAGUGACUCGUAUUUUGGACUAUAGUAAUAUAAGCGUGUAUAUUAUUAGCUGUAGGUUAUUAUAGUAUAUACUUUAACUGAAGUAAAACGCCCAAGAUCGCUAUUAAAAAAACAACUUCAUUUUUUUUGACAAACGUACACUGUCUUAACCCCAAAGACAUGAAAUCCAGAAAUUGUAAAAUAUUAGCUUAGAUUACAUUUAUGUAUAGGGAUAGCGUUUAAUAAUAAUUAAGAAAAAGAUAUUUUUAAUUACAAUUUUAAAAAUCGAUUUUUUUCCGCUGCCAUAAAAGCGUAUUUUUUUAGGAGUUGGGAGUCCAUUUUUGAGGAUUUUUUUUAGCGCCGCCACCGCUUACCGUCCUGUUUUUUUACACAUUUAACUUUUUUUUGUCAUUUUAGCUCGACAAUAAUGUCGGAAAUGGACUCCUUACCGCGAGUGCUAAGGAUACGACAAUUUAAUUAUAUUUUGAGAAAUGAAUGUUUGCUUGUGGUGCGAAUAUGUGGUGUAUUUUUUCGUUAGGUUUAUUAUUGUAAAUGCGUAAAAUAUAAUUUUGCGCUGUAAAAAAUAUUAUUACAAAAAAAAUUCUUUUUGUGGAUUUUUGUUGAUUAAAUAAAAUUUUUGACAUUUCUUAUCUUUCGGGCAAAGAAGAAAUGUCAUCAAUUUAUUUAAAACGAUUUCCUUUUUACAGCAUUUUUAGUUUUUUUUUUAGAAAAAUAGUCCAUAAAUGUUUUUUACGCAUUUACAAAUAAAAACCAUCACGAAUUGUUAAGUGUAUUUGAUGAAAAUGGCUGCUAAACUUAAGAACGUACUUAAGGAUUUUUUUUCUAUUUGUAUCAAACCUCCAGUGAAGUGUCUGUAUGUUUAUACAUUCAUAUACAUAGGUCCAGGUGAUCUAAAAUAAGGUAUUAUUUUAUUAUAAAAAUCUAUAUAUUUUAUAAAUUUUUUGCCUAGAUUUUAUUUGGUAGCUAUUUUUUAUGUUGACAUUUUUCAGUAAAUCAGGACAUUUUAAUCAAAAAUAUACUUCGGUUUUGACAUUUUUCGAAAAACAAAAUGGAGUAAAAUUCAGUAAACUAAAAAAUAUAGUUUUUUUUUUAAAUUUCCGUAAAUGCUCGCCUAACCAAGAUAAUAGGAAAAAUAUAUUUUUUUUAGUAUACUGAAUUAUUAUUCUAUUGCAGUUUAAUAACAGUGAGGAUUUCAAAAGGAAAUUUUCUUUUAUUUAUUACGCUAAAAAUUGAUUUAAUAUGAUAUAAUUGUGUUGACAUUAAAAAAUAUUACAUGAGAUAUUUUCCGAGAAAAAUCGGGCUUUCGGGAAGUAUCUCUGAAUAUUUUUAUUAUUUUCAAAUUAAAAAGGAAUCCUUACUGAAAUCCAUUUCAUUAAUAAAAAAAUAUAUUUCCACGAAUCGCAUAAUAAAAAUCAUUACUUUUUUAUUUUGUAAAUAUUGGAGUAUUGUGGAAGCUCAAUUAACUUUGGCUUAUUGGUCUGUCAUUGUGUUUUUUUUUUUGUAAUAUUUUUUUUAACGUCAUAUACUUGGAGCAACAAAAUGCCUAUAUACAUCCCACUGUUGGACCCCCAGUAUGAGUUUGUAAAAAAAAUCACCAUAACCCUGGUCAAUUAAGAAAAUAUAUAUUUUUUUAAUUGACCUAUCACAAAAGCUUUACCAAAUUCGGUAUAGCAAGUUUUUAUAGCGCUAACCCGUAUGACAGUUAGAACAUGACAGUGUUUUUUUUAUUUGAUUUUAUUUUAUAUGCAUAUAUUAUAAAAAUAUAUAAGUUACAAUAAAAUUAUUACAAUUACAAUUUGUACUGGAUCAGUAGUCUAUGGAUUAUGAGUAAAGUACAGCAUUGAUAGUUGUUACAAUGGAUUCCGUGUAAAAAAGAAAAAUAUGCCAUUUUUUUCAAAAUGGAUUACUUUUGUGUACUGCAUUGCUACUUUAAUACUACUUUCGUGUAAAGUUUAAAAUUAAAAAAAUCGCGCUCGUGAUCCGUAACGGGGUGAGCCAGACAACUUGCAGUCAUAAAAGACAAUAAGAUUUUUUUUAAAUACACUUAUAUUUUUAAACAAAAGCUUUUCAUUUUGAAUAAAAUGUUUUUUUUUUUUAAUAAAUGUAAGGAGCCAUUGUGGAAGUAAUUUAAGUUGCCUGUAUUAUAUAGAAAUAUGUUUCUUUAAUUUAACGCAUUUUCACUAGACCGUUUUUGAUGUUAUUGUUUGUGAGUUUGUUGUAAAAAAGUACGAAUUUAGUACAUAAUAUUUGAUACUAUCAACAGCCCAAAUACGUCCCACUGCUGGGCAUUGGAAUCCUGUAAUCGAAAGAGAUACGACAUAUACUCCACCACGUUGCUCCAUUGCGCAUUGGUGGACAUAAUAUAGGCCCAAUUUAUUUUAUAUAAAAAAAAAAGAAAAAAUAUUUUUUUUUUGUAUAUAAUAAUUUGGGUUAAAAAGUAUAGGUUUUGAAGAAUAAUUAAAUAAAACUUUACUAACUGUGGUCUAACUGAAAGCUCGGUGAGUUUUGGGUACUUAUUUCAUCUCGCGAUGGAUGUACCUUUGACUACCAAUUGGAAUAUAGUAUGUUAUGUUGACUUUAGUAAAAGGAUUUACUAUUGAAAUCUCUUAUUCUAAGCCACUAAGAUAUGUAACAAACUCACAAACAAAAAAAAACGGUUAGUAAAGGAAUUGACGCCAAAAUUGUAAACGUCCCACCGCUGGGCGUGGGAGUUUCAACAAAACUACGAGCACUUGAAUAUUGAUUUAAUUCAUCAUCAUCAAUUUAAGAGCCACGCUCUUGUCCGUGCAGCAUUUUCCAUGCAAUUUUUUUAGGGUAAAAUAGGGCAGUGGUUUCCCUCUUGCCUUCCACCCCGCAGUACUCUGUCUGACGCAAGUGGGAUGGCGCCCAGAGUAGUCUAUUACAAAGCCGUACUAGGACUCCUGUCCACCUCUGAAUAGUACUGACAGUUACUGCUGCCCUCUGUCAGGAUUGAUUUAAUUAAUCAGAAUAAAAUGUUUUUGUAAUUCAAUGAAUAUCAAGUACGAUAAUAGAUAGAUAAAAUAUUGAGCACAAUGGACGCAAGAUACAGAGAUAAGGAUAACAGAUACAGAAAGGCACAAUAGGCGGCCUUGUUGCUCAUGCAGCAAUUUCUUCCAGGCAAUCUUUGGGUACAGGAAAAUGUUGUACAAAUAUAAUGGUAACGGAAUAAUAAAUAAAAUAACCUAUAUAAAAAAACCGGACCUGUCAAAUCUUCAGGUUUUAGCUAAGCGGUAGUGAAUAACAGGAUAACGCUAAGGAGAUAUGAUACUAGGAAAUAACUCUUCUUGGCUGGGUAAAGGAGAUUGGCCAAAAGUGGUCCAAAUGUCCACUAACAAGACCUAUAUAACUGAAUAGCUCAUUAAAUACUCAGUAAUAAAUACUAAGACCGCAUUUAAAAAUAUGCUGUCAAUAAAAAGUUAUGGUUAAAUGAAUAAAAUAGAUUUUUGACUUUUGACUCACUUUUUACCCGGAAUGAGAUUAGGGUGUGCGUUUCGAAAAAAAACCUUUUCUCCGGAUGAGAGCCUUCAGCGCUCCCCAUUUGUCCGGGCAAGUAGUGAAUGCCAUCUGCGGCAAAUCUACGAUAAGUCGCGUCAAAAAAGAAAAAAAAAGUGAAUUUCGGAGUUUUUUUUAAGACAAUCGCAUGAGACAAUCAUUUUUCAAAAAAUUCGAGGUUUUCACUACAAGUCCCAAUAGUGGGAAUAGAUCUCUUGUCAGUAGAAAGAGUAUAGAGCAUACUCCACCGCGCUGCUUGAUUGCGGAUUGAUAAAGCAUAAUAAUUUAAGCAAAUAUUAAAAAAAUAUAUUUGUAUUUUUUUUGUACAUUUUCAAGUGCUCGUAGUUAGAGGGAGAGGUCAAGAAGUUUUCAUUCAAUAUUCUACUGCUAGCUGUAAGUGUCUCAUGACCCUAGUUUAGUUAACUUUUCUUCCAUUUAGCGUUAUUUUUAAGUUUUUUUAAUAAUUAUUAUUAUUAUAUAAUUUGUUGUCUGUACGUACAGCUACUUACUAUUUUAGGAUGACAGUUUUUUUUUAAUUGGUACGUAAACCGUAAUUUAUUAUAAAAUGCUCAUUUUUUUAUGAAUGGUCCAAGGCACUGGAAGUUUAAAAUCCUGGAGAUUGUACAAACGAGGCUUCUUUUUUUGUUAUAUUUUUCCACCUGGCCACACUGCUGUGGCGUGUAUCAUAGACAUUUGAUAUUUUUGUUUGUCAGUUCAAGCGCAUAGAGUAAAAUAUAAUUACAAAAGGUCUAAUUAUAAAAAUGAAUAAUAUUAAUUAAAUAUAAAUGUGCCAUUCAUUUUGCUAA